CUCCGGCCGUGCCGGGACCKUGGGACACCUGCGACUGCUCCGUGAGCCGCUCCUGCUGUUUCGCUCUCCCCUGUGCCUCAUCAGUCGAGCGAUUUCCUGUGAGCGGAGGGUGCGCAAUGUUUUGGAGCCCUUCAGUCAAGGGUCGUCGCAAUUAUGAUUGAUUCUGCCACUUUAAUCACAUAUAAUUACGGGAUGUGCUGCUCAUUGCUGUGCUGUGUCAGGAGAUGGAUUGGGACCAGUUUGACUUGAACCCUAAAACAAUUGCUGCUCUAAAAAAAGCUGACAUAAAAUCAGUAAAAGAGAUUUUAAACCUCUCUGGAGCAGACCUGCAGAGACUGAUGAAGCUCUCCAGUGCAGACAUCCAGUGCCUGCUGAAAACAAUCUCUCGCACACUGAGGAGGGACAGCAUGCUCACAGCACUUCAGCUCUACCAGGAUAAAGAUCAUCUCACCUCCCAACACCAGAAGCUGAGCCUGGGAUGUUCAGUUCUAGACAACUUGUUAAGAGGUGGCAUUCCUUUAGUGGGAAUCACGGAGCUUGCCGGGGAGAGUUCUGCUGGGAAGACUCAGAUUAGUUUACAACUGUGUCUGUGUGUGCAAUAUCCUUACAAAUAUGGUGGAUUAGAGUCUGGAGCUGUCUACAUUUGUACAGAAGAUGUGUUCCCAAGCAAACGUUUGCAGCAGCUCAUAGAKCAACAGCACAAGCUGCGUGCAGAUGUUCCAGCUGAAAUCAUACAGAAGAUCAGAUUUGGAAACAGUAUUUUUGUUGAGCGUGCAGCAGAUCUGGACACCUUCCAGCAGUGCAUCACCAGGCGGCUGUCCCUGCUGCUGGCUCGGGGCAUGGUGCGCCUCGUGGUCAUCGACUCCAUCGCCGCCCUGUUCCGCUGCGAGUUCGGCCCUUCCGAGUCUGYGCUGAAGGCUCGGUAUUUGCAGACCUUUGGGGCACAGCUUCACAGCCUGAGCACCAGGUUCAGGACACCCAUCAUGUGCAUCAAUCAGGUAACGGAUGCAGUGAGUGAGUCGGAAGCUGCUCAGUGCAGUUGUAGGAUAGUGGGUAACAAAGUCACUCCAGCACUUGGAAUAACCUGGUCCAAUCAGCUGCUGAUGAGACUGAUGGUCAGCCGGAUAUCACUGCCUGGACAAUCAUCYGGAGUGGCAUCACACAGCGCUGGAAGCAUGAGGAUUUUAAGGGUAGUGUUUGCUCCUCAUCUCCCUCCAUCCUUUUGCUACUAUACAGUACAGCUGGAAGGUGUAAAAGGAAUAAAAUAACCCUUUUGCACAGUAAAGCAUCCUGCUCAAAAAAUGUAUCAGAACUACUUUGCUUCAGGCAGGAGUACCAGCAAAAUGCAACUCUUCCUAGUUGAGAGAAAUGAAUGGUGAAGUAUAUGAACAAUGAUAUGACUGCAUUUAGCCUUGUCUGCAUUGUGAAAGAAGAUCUUUCCACACUUGGAUAUUCAGCUUUUCCUUGUGCAAUCAGUGUCCUGAAAGUUCUGAAGGAGAGUGAAGCUGUGGGCAGGCGGGGGGGCUGCACAGUGGAGUGGGAUGUAGCAAUCCCCAUGAUGGCUAAUUUUAAUAGCAUGCUAAUCUGCAAACAGCAUUUACUGCAGUUGUGUACCCACUCUGUUUCCAGACACAAAGCGACUCGAAUUCAACCAGUUAAUUGCCUGCUGCUGGUUCUGGGU